AGAUGACACAUCUCCACUGAAUCCCAUUGAGUAGCCCUUCCAGGAACACCGAGCUCUAUUUAGUGUGCGUUGUCUAUUUAUGACGAGUCUAUGUUAUUAAUUCCGUGGAUGUGACCAGAGUUGUUAAUUAGUUAUUCCACAUCCAGGAAGGAAAACAAGCCCAUAAGGACCAUCAGUCAGCACUUACGAGGCAGGACAGCGCUCUAUAAAAAGAGAGGGGAGCCGCGAGUCAGACCACAGACUGUGAGGAACUUCUUCCAGCAGGACCGCAUCCAGCGCUGGCUUUUGUUCCUUCAUCCGGUUCUCCUCAAACUGCCUCCGUGCGGGGGGACUCGUGAGGGUGAGCGCGCGCUUGGGUAACCCUGGUUCAUUUCUGGCUCUUUUGCGCACGAGGACGGGGUUGAUAAAAAAAAAAAAGGUCGGAGCGCGCGCGCUGACAGCAAGUCUCUAAUCAGAAGGAUCAACCUGAGCAGCAGAGCUAAUGGACGUCUCCAGGCUUCUGCUGUCCGUCGUCAUGGUGAUGUCCACGUCUGAUGGGACACCAGAAGCAUCAGAUUCUUCCUGCUUUCACCUGGACCAGGAGAUAUAUAAAGUUAUUAAAGGUGAAGCAUUUUAUUAUGUGCCCUACGAUUUGGAUGACCCCAACCUGCCUGAUGCAAACAUUACGUGGUACAAAGACGGGUCAGAGGUCAUGAAUAUCACCACAGACGAGGCACACAGGAUUCAUUACCAUGGAGGAGCGCUGUUUUUCUUAAACAUCAGCGCUAACGAUGCUGGUCACUAUUCUGCCAGGCACAUUGAGUCAUCAGAUGAAUGUUUCUACUAUCAUCUGAAGAUCGAGGUCUUCGAUGAAACAAGUCGAGAGAAUCUGACCUAUGGAUCUAUCCGAAACUCUGACCAGAACAAAAACAUUCCUUGUCCGCAGCCUGUUAAAGACACAUGCAAAACAUUUAACGGGAACUUCACCUGGUUCAAGGGCAAGAAUCUCAUUCGUGGUCAACACAAAGAAAGCCUGUGGGUAAAUGAUGCAACAAAAGACGAUGAGGACAUCUACACCUGCAUAUGUACCUGGACUCACAACCACAAGGUGUACAACUCUUCUGGUUCCAGGAGACUUUUUGCUCUAGAGAAAGCCGUUUAUGAAAAAGUAAAAAUCAUCUCUCCAAACACAACGGAGCAGCUGGUUAAGAAAGGCUCCAGCGUGAAGCUGAACUGCACUGUUUACUGUGGGAUUAAUGCAGUGAGGGACUGUGAGGCCACAUGGUUUAUUAAUGGAAACCCAGCAAAGCAGAUGGACGGAUACAACGAAACCACCGCGUUAGAGAUCAUGGAUCCUUCAAAGAGAACCUUCUCCACAGCGACCCUGGCCAUCGCACAGGUUUCAGCAGCAGAUUUCCAGCAUGAGUUUAAGUGUCAGGGCUCAGGAUUUUAUACAGUAACCUCUGCAACUUUAACUCUGAAGAAAGAUGGUUAGUGUCAGGACGCGUUCCUAAACUUCUGCCUAUGAUAUAAUAUUUGUAGAAGCAACUGUUAAUGUCGCAGGUGAUAUUAUGCUGACCCAAAUUAACAAUCAUCAUGCUGGCAUAUCCAGGUUUAUUAGGGUUGUUUUGUGUGUAUGUUUGAUUACUUACCUUGUGUUACUUAUAUUCAGUUUUUCUUGGUAAAUUCUGUUGAUUUUUCUGUCGUUUCUAAGGUGUUGCCAUAUAAGCUAAUUCCUCUGUGUUUGCUUAUUUUUGUUUUGUUCUGCAUCCUGUAAUGGAGGGUCUUCACAUGUGUGCCUUAAAAUUCAUUCAGACAGCUUUUUAGUUCUCAUUAAUAACUAGAAAGAUGAAGCCCUAAAGUUCCUACACUGGCUCCCUGAAGUGAAGACAGCAGGUUCUAAGGCUGCGUUCACACUGCAGGCUGCAGUGACCCAAUUCCGAUUUUUUGACGUAAUGCCAACUUUAUCCGAUCUUUUCAUGACAGUCUGAACAACACAGAUCGGAUUCUUUUCGAAUGUGACCCAGGCCACUUGCAUAUCCAAUACGUAUCCGAUUCAAAUGCGACCUGACGUUCAGGUCGCAUCCGAACUGAACGUCACUGAUACUCAACAAAUCUCACUCCUUUGCGUCCUGAUACGCGCAAGCACCGUUAGCAGCCAUAUUUACUUCUUCUUCUUAUGGCGGUUGGCAGAACAGCGAGGACGCUGACGUUAUUGCGCCCUCUACUGCGCAUGCGGGACACUUUCAGGUCGUUUGCCCGUUCAGACUGCAGAACACAUACAGGUCGCAUAUUUGUGGCAGUGUGAACGGCCCAGGCAAAAAAAUUAGAUUUGACACAAAAACAAAAAAAUCGGAAUUGGGUCACUUCAGGCUGCAGUGUGAACGCAGCCAAAAACGCUUUUGUUAGCUUGUAAAUCACUUAAUGGCUAAGUCCAAGACACAUUAAAGGUGCGCUGUCGGUUUAAAAAAUACAUUAAGCCACCUGUUGUAUCAAAACUCCAGCACAUUCGGGUCUUCUAGUUCAGGUUUACUUUGCAUCUCCAAACUCAGAACCAAACAUGGAGUAGCAGCAUUCAGUUUUUAUUCUCCACUAACGUGGACUGCACUUCCAGAAAACUUCAAAAAUGCUGAAACACUGAGUACCUUUAAAUUAAGGAUGACAUUUUAUUUUAUAUAUAUUUUCUUUUAGCUUAGUCCUUAAUAACUACUGGAAUAUCAUAAAGUGUAGUCUGAUUUUCAAGCUGACAUCAUUGUCCCUUAAUUUGCCAUGAAUGUAAUGUUUUAUGCUUGUUUGUUGUUGAAUUUUAUUUCUAGUCAUGUAAAACACGUUGAAUUACUUUGUUGCUGAAAAUGUACCAUUCAAAUAAAGUUGCCUUCCCUUGCAUGAAUGUUAUUUCCUUUGAA